AUGUCACACUCACCAGUUGAAGUUCUUGUACCUAUAAUAUCAAGAAGAGAAAAAUUUGCACCAGGUGUAGUAGUUAGAAGUCAGAAAAUACCAGUACCAAAACAAAAUCUCACAGUAAAAGUACAAAAAGCUCUACAAGAAUUUGGUCUUGGCAUUAGACCAAAUAUGCCAACUGAAACAGUUUGUGGUAAAUGGACAGAAUUACAAAAGGCAAUACAAAAUCUAUUAGAUUUAAAGAAACAUGCUGAUAAAUUGGAACAUGAAUUAAAGAGGUCAUUGAAAUUUGAAUUGUUGGAGAAAAUUUGGGUAAAGGUAAGCCCAUGUGGUGGUGCUGUUGAUAAAUUUGUCAAUGUUGGGAUCAUAAGCGUUAGAUAA